AUGAGUCACGACGUACAUAUCAGACCAAUGAAGUUCGGCAACGACAGUCUGGCAGCACUGAGAAAAUCGAAUCCGGUGAACGUAUACACUGGUUUGUUCAUCAGGUCAAUCACUGCUUUGAACGAAGUGAAUAUGGAAUUCAAAGCACAGUUCAAGUUUUUCCAGAGUUGGACGGACGAACGUCUGCGGUUCCCUGGAGUAGCUUGUUCAGACCUAAGGCAAGUAAGGUUAACAAUGAUUUUCUCCUGUGUCAUGGACCUAGUGAAGUAUCCCAUGGAUGUGCAAACCUGCUUUAUUGAUUUCGCCAGCUACGCCUAUACGACUGACGACAUUGUGUACGUGUGGAACGACUCUCCGAUUGAUGUCGCCAAAGAGGCUACUUCCGUUUUAGCCAAUAUGGUAAUAAAAUCCUUUAAGAACGACAGCUGCACCAGCAAAACUAACACAGGCGAAUACAGCUGCUUGCGUAUUGUGCUGCAGUUCCAAAGAGUAUUUUCCUUCUUCCUCCUUCAGCUUUACGUACCAUCAAGUCUGCUAGUCACCAUAUCAUGGGUUUCUUACUGGAUCGAUUGGAGGGCUUCAGCAGCAAGAGUACCGUUGAGCAUCAUCACACUGUUGACAAUGAUCACACAGAGCCAUGUACUUAGCGCCAACUUGCCGCCAGUGUCAUACGCCAAAGCAUUCGAUGUCUGGAUCGACGGCUGCGUGUUGCUGAUAUUUGCUUCCUUGAUCGAAUACGCCAUCGUCAAUUUCAUGGGAGUACAGGAAGAACGACAGAAGCAGAACGCUACAGUCUCGAAACCUGCCGAGUCAUGCCUUCCACCUGUCUGGGAACAACGACGAACAGAUAGGGAAAGCGAGGCGAUCGCCAUGACCGACCCUUAUCACGAAGAAGUAUGA